AUGGCCGGUUUGAAGCGUACCGGAGACGCCCGCGACGACCGCAAUGGCAAGCGGACGAAGGUGAAGGGAGGCGCUGUCCCUCCGCAGAAGACGAAAGCGGCUGCGCCUGUGAAGAAGGCGGUUUCUAAGCCUUCUAAGGCUGACUCAAAGAAGAAGGAUUCCGCCAAGUCUGCGAAGACGGAUCAGAAGAACGGGAAGAGCAAGAAGGUGCAAGAGGAAUCUGAAGAAGAGGAGGAUGAAUUCGACCUUGACGAUCUUUCGGACUCCAACGAUGAGAAGGAUCAGGAUGAGGAUAUCGACAUGGGUGGCUUGAGUGAUGAGGGUAGCGAUGACGAUGACGAUGAGGAGAAUGACGAAGAGGACGAGGAGGAAAGGAAGCCUACGGCCGAGUCGAAUGGGAAAAUGUCGGAGGCUGAAAAAAACAACAACUCGCGCGAAUCGCACAUCAAACAAAAAGCCCUUCAACAAGAGCGCAAAGCCGCCAAGCCCAACGCCGACAUCAUCGCCCGAUCCAAACAGCUCUGGGAACGCCUACGUCGGAAGUCGCAUGUUCCUCUCGAGGAGCGGAAGAAGCUUAUUGCAGAACUCGAUGGGAUUAUCAGUGGCCGUGUGAAAGAUUUCGUUUUCAAGCACGACUCGGUCCGUGUCAUUCAAACCGCUUUAAAGUACGCCAACACCGAACAACGGAAGCAGAUCGCACGUGAACUGAAGGGUAGCUACGUCGAGCUGGCGCAGAGCCGGUACGCCAAGUUCUUGAUUGGAAAGUUGAUUGUGCACGGAGAUGCCGAGAUUCGGGAUAUCAUCAUCCCCGAAUUCUAUGGUCACGUCAAGCGCCUUAUUCGUCAUCCCGAGGGUUCUUGGAUUCUAGAUGAUAUCUACCGUCAGGUCGCGACUAAGGAUCAGAAAGCCAAUCUGCUUAGGGAAUGGUACGGACCGGAGUUUGCUAUUUUCAGGGAUAAGAGCGCAGUGCCGUCCGCAGACCUGUCUGAGAUCCUCGCGAAGAAUCCGGAGAAGCGAUCGCCAGUGAUGCACUUCCUGCACGAACUGAUCAACCAGCUGGUGCAAAAGCAGUCCACGGGAUUCACGAUUCUGCACGACGCGAUGUUGCAAUACUUCCUGAACACGAAGACGGGAAGCACCGAUGCCAGUGAAUUUAUCGAGCUGCUUAAGGGUGACGAAGAGGGUGAUCUACUUAAGAACCUGUCUUUCACCAAGUCCGGAUCGCGGUUGUUGUGCCUUGCUCUGGCUCAUUCGAACGCAAAGGACCGGAAGCUGUUGAUCAGAAACUUCAGAGAUACGGUCAAGGUGAUGGCAAGCGACCUUCACGGGCAUACCGUCAUUCUGACAGCCUUCGAAGUGAUCGACGAUACCAAGCUCACUGCAAAGACUUUCCUCACGGAGCUGCUGAACCAGAACGACGACGCGGAGACUAGAAACGAGGAGCUGAUGUACCAGGUGAACGACCUGACGGGCCGUAUCCCCAUCCUCUUCCCAUUCGCCGGUGACCGCGUCAAGUGGCUCCUCCCAGAUUUAACCUCGGAGGCCCUCAAGGAAAUCCGCGAGGUCCGCAAGGAGACCUCGAAGAAGGACCCCGAAGUCCGCCGACAAGAACUCGUUAAAGCAGCCUCGCCAACACUCCUCGAACUGAUCGCCGCCCGCGCCGACUCCCUCCUUGAGACAAGUUUCGGCUGCCAACUCCUCUCCGAGGUCCUCUUCGACGCCGACGGCGACAAGACCGCCGCCUUGACCGCCGUCGCUGAAGCCGCCAAGUCGCGCUCCGACACCAAGGACGCGCCGUUUGUGGGACGACUGCUCAAGUCCCUCGUGCAGGGCGGCCGCUUCAACCCCGCAACCAAGUCCGUCGAGAAGGUCCAGCCCCCGCUCAACUUCCACACACACCUCUACGAGCAGAUCCAAAGCGAAAUCAUGUCAUGGGCCACUGGCUCGAACGUGUUCGUCGUCGUGGCAUUGGCCGAGUCAGACGAGUUUGAGAAGAAGAACGAACUCCUCAAGACGCUGAAGAAGAACAAGAAGGCAUUGGAGAAGGUCAUUGCCGACGCAGCAGCUGAGCCCGGCAAGGACGGAAAGAAGGGCAAGGCUGGUCCUACGAGUAGCGGGGCGAAGUUGUUGUUGGAGAAGGUUUAA